CCGUGAGGGCUCACCGCCGCGAUGCCGCUGGUGAAGAGGAGCAUCGAGCCCCGGCACCUGUGCCGGGGGGCUCUGCCCGAGGGGGUGACGAGCGAGCUCGAGUGCGUCACCAACAGCACGCUGGCCGCCAUCAUCAAGCAGCUGGGCAGCCUCAGCAGGCACGCUGAGGACAUCUUUGGGGAGCUCUUCAAUGAAGCCAACAGUUUCUACAUGCGGAUGAACUCGCUGCAGGAGAGGGUGGAUCUGCUGGUGAUCAAGGUGACACAGCUGGACUCCACCGUGGAGGAAGUUUCACUGCAAGACAUCAACAUGCGCAAAGCAUUCAAGAGCUCCACAGUGCAGAACCAGCAGGUCGUGUCUCGCAACUCCAUCCCCAACCCAGUGAUGGAGAUGUAUCAGCGGUGCGACAAACCCCCGCCGCUCAACAUCCUCACACCUUACAGGGAUGACAAGAAGGAUGGCCUCAAAUUCUAUACUGACCCCUCCUAUUUCUUCAACUUAUGGAAAGAGAAGAUGUUGCAGGCAACUGAAGAUAAGAGAAAGGAGAAGCGCAGACAGAAGGAACAGCGGUUAGUAGAAGAUUCCACCCGGGAGGUGAAGAAAGUGAGGAAAGCCCGUAACCGGCGCCUGGAGUGGAACAUGAUGGCGUAUGAUAAAGAGUUUCGACCGGAUAACAGGUUCUCACCAUCCCCAUAUCACAUGGCCUCAUCGGAAGGAUCACUGUCCCCAGAUAAUAGAUCUUAUGCGUCCGAUGCUGCCGAUCACUCAUAUCCCGCCAGCCCUAACCACCCCGCGCAGCAGAUGCUCGCCCCGGCGUCCCACCUGGCGGCAGACACCAAGGAGGCUGCCCUCGUGGCUAACCAGACCCAGGAGCAUGUCUACAGACCCUCAGCGGCGGGAAGCCGCCAGAACAGCCUCAAUCGUAUCCAGCAGCCCCAUGUGCCGCAGCCUCCGGAAGCUAUAUUAAACGGACCAAGGCCUCACUUAGUCAAGGAUUAUGGGCCACCGGGCCCCCCUGCUGUGGUCGCCUCGCCAGCCCACUCGGCUUCGCCCCCGGCCGUCACCGUGGAGCCCCGGAAAGCCCAGAUCCCGCUGAUCCCCAUGAGCGACGCCAGGAGCGACCUGCUUGCUGCCAUUCGCAGGGGAAUUCAGCUCCGGAAAGUCCAGGAGCAGUGGGAGCAAGAGGCCAAGAAAGAGCCUGUGGGCAAUGAUGUGGCUACGAUCCUCUCCCGACGGAUCGCAGUGGAGUACAGUGAGUCCGAUGAUGACUCAGAACUGGACGAUAACGAGUGGUCUGAUUGAGAGAGCCUGGGAUGCUGUGUUGGAUGGUAGCUCCUCCACUCUAUGCACCAAUUUUCCACACCAGGUGCGUAUAGACGCCUUCCUCAAAAGUCAAUGCCAACCAUGGUCUGCAAUUAGCCCCACUUAUUCAGGAGCUUUGCUUUUACACUAUGUCAAAAAAAAAAUCUGGCAGCAUUACCGCUGGAGGAUAUGUAUUGGUAGGAUACACUUCUGAGGCAAUGGUAACAAUUAGCAAUUAGCAGCACCUUCAUGUUUAGCAACGUUGAAAACACUAUGAAGCCCCAGUAAAUAGAAUUACUCAGAUUUACACCUGUGUAAGCAAGGUCAGAGGCUGGCCUGCAAUAUCUUUUUUA